AAACGUGUAAACAAAGUUUGACAAGAUUGACAUAAAACAAAACAAACGCGCCGCGUUCGCUUACGCCAAAAAACAUUUUAAUAAAAUCAUUGUAAUUUCCACAAAAAGAAGUGAACACCAUGUCCGAUGAGGAGGUCAUCAAACGCCGGUUACAAAUCGAUGGCGAUGGAACCGGCGACGAUAGACGCUUGAACGAUUUGUUAAAAACGUUCAUUAAAUGGUGUAAUUCCAACGAAGCAUCUGAUAACAGCCAACCAAUUUACGAUCGCUUGCUCGCUCAACUGGCCCAGUGCGAGUUUGAUAUGAAAAAGUCCGAUUUCUACGCGAGUGUUAUGCAGCAGGAGCUGAAAAACUAUGCCACCAUCUCAGACACGAUAGAGUCGGGCAUCGAAACGGCAAAGGCACAGAUCGUGCAAAGCAAACAGAAUUUAGUGUUGGCGAAAAAGAUCCGCAAAAAUCGGAUGGAGUACGAUAUGCUGGCGAAAACCAUAAACCAGCAACCGGAUCGCAAAAAUACCGUCCAAGAGCUGGAAUCGUUGAAACAGAAUCUGGAUCAGCUGAAAGAAAGUAGAGCCGAUUUAGAGCGGAAGCUCGAAACGAAGAAGAAAGACUUCAGUGUGCUGAUGCGCUCGAUCGCGGAACUACAGAACAAGCUCGAUCCGACGAUGUCGGUAACGGGCACUAGCGUAUGUGAUGAGGAAGCUAUGGACGUGGCCCCAGCGCAAAUUACUGAUGAGAAGAUGUCCUGUGACGAUCCGCUCGUGCUGGAAGAGGAAGACGAUGCUGCCAGUUCGGAUAAUGAUGAGGUGAUACUUUCCUCGCCGGAGAAAUUGACCUAAUCGGAAACACUGCCCUAUUGGUCCGGUAAUGCGUGUGUGUUCAUAUUGUAAGUAAAACAGUAUGUUUACAUUUUUAUAAGUAAUAUAUAAAUUAAGUUGUAUAAAAAGUAUAUUUUUUCAAAUUAAUAUUCCGAAUUUAUAUUUAUACAAUAUUUUAAAAACAUAUAGAAAAAUGAUUGUUUAUACGCAUCUGAUUCUCUCUCCGUACAAACUUGUGUUGCUUUCGACACGAACAAACAGUAGUUAAAAAGGAUUAUUACAUCUGAAGAUAUCUCUUCAGCAAACCAGUUCGCGUUCGGAGAGCGUAGACGAGGCGCAGGAAAUAAGCAAUCCCACCAUAUAUGGCACUGUUCGGGGAUAUUGCUUUUUUCCAACGCAAUGAGCCGUACCGUGCCCACCACUCCUAGAACUUUGUAGCAAGUUGUUGAAUGAAGUGGCCAAUGGGUUGUCUAGCUUGUGCUUUGACGUAUCCGAAUCCGUAGGUCGGCGUUUCCGCUGUAAUCAGAUUUAAUGCCAACACCGUUUGUCGGUGUGUCCGGCGGCCGAAGAACUUUUCAAAAAGUUUGUUGAGCACUUUCUAUGGUAAGCGAUGAUUUCGUUCGGUUCUUGGUUGGGUACGCACCCGGCGACUGUCGGCGAACAAGAUGGAGUAGUUUUUCAGCGUAAAAAAGCUCGAUGACCGUAGAAGCGAAAUCGAUUGGCUACCUAUUUUUUUUUUUGGGGUGUGCCGUCGGGAUCGUUCUUUGAAACGUUCCCACUUGGCGUUAUGAUGCUGUCGGGAAGCCGUUUUCUCUUGCGCAUUAAUAUGCGACAAGGUGGUGCUGAAGCGCGUACACGAUGUUGAUGCCGUUGGAUAAGUGGGUACUUCAGUCGCCGAAGAGAAUCUGUUGCGUUGUGUAAUUGUGUUGGUUCGUGGAAAAUGGUAGCACAGACAGUAUGUUGCUCAAGUGCACUGCAAGGUUCCUGGAAGUCGAGGUAAAAAGUUUCCGACCACAUCUGAUGGUAAUUGGUCAUCGAUAGUUGGUGGUACAAUUAGAACUCGCUUAAUGUUUCAUUUGAAUUCUUGCAAAGCAUAACUUAUUCCUUUAAAAAGAGUUUAAGCAAAUGUACCGUUUAAAAUUGUAAGAAAAAUUAUCGGAUAGGCAAAUGCUCUUAGUCUUUAAAUUCUCAUCAUUGGUGCAUCCAUAUGCUUAGGUAAAUUUCCCUUCCCCGGUCGUUCAUCACUGUCGUACAGAUGUUUCGUGUCGCGUCGUGACAAUGAGAUGCCUCUUGGGAUACACUGAACUGCACGCUGACGUGCCAGAGAUCUUUUGACCUAUCCACUUACUUACCCGGU